GACAGGAGCCAGGCCAGCUUGCAAACCUAGUAAAACUUUGGCGUCUCUCAGUAUCUUUUCUCACAAGCUCCCUGCGCUCCCUGCUCCUCUGAGUGAGUCUGACGGCUUCUUCCUUCUGCGGGGCCAGGUGGUAGGACCGUCGGUCGCCGCCUGUGCUUCCUGCCGCAGCACCCUUUGCGGGUGCGCUGACCCCACGACUGUGGGGCUGGGYGGCGUCCCCAGAGUGGUGACGGGUGGCGAGGUGGCGAGGUAUCUACUCGGGCGUGUGGGGGCGGUGCCGGGGUCUGUCCAGAGUCCGCUCCGCCCCCGGGGGCCAGGCCGCAGGGUAGGGAGCGAGGUGGGGCGGGGCGGGGGCCGCGGCGCUCCCAGGCACGUGGGACCCUGCGCAGCGGCAAGACGUCGGCACCGGCACCGGCACCGGGGAACAGCGGCCACAGCACCUGGGGCGGACGAAUUCAGCGUGGAGGCAAGGGACAGGCCGCCUAGUGGGAGAUCGAACCCUCGGAGAGGUUGGCGGGCGCUGCCCAGGGACGCUGCCGGGUCCGACUGACGCGGGUGCGGACUCGGCGCUGGGCAAGGAAUGGGCCGUGUGUGUGUCACUGCCCGACCAGGGCAUGGUUCCGAGCCUGAGUGUGGCGCGUAACUGGACGGCGGGACGCCCCGUGAAUCCGUGAUCUUUGUCUUCGCUGGCGCGCAGAUCUCAGUGAGUGUGGAUAGCCACCGCGGACUAGGGGAAAUGAAGCAGAUGGGAAGAGAUCUUUCCAGAAAGGCACAUUCUUCUGCUGUGUCGUGUCUGAGGUCAUGGGUGCUGGGACUUGCCCAUAAAGAGGAGUUCCUCCACUGCCAACCAUCCCCUCCUGGAAGCCCGGGGUUUGGUGUGUAUGAGGCUCCCAGGAGCCCCUGUUGUAGCUGUCUGCCCUGAAAAAUGCUGGAGGCUGGGCAAGGCCAGAGGCUGGGGAACCAGUUUAUCCUGUUUGCCAGAAGAGCUCCCUGCGGCAGAUCCAGGCCUGUGCAUUCAUGAGUGAGGAACCUGAGCAGCCUCUGAGCAUCCUGAAGGGUGUGAUGAAUUCAGGCUUCGGUGUUGAGAUUCAGCCCUUGGUGUUGAGAUUAGUUUUUCCAAUUCCUGGCAGUGUGACCUUGAACAAACAGCUUAACUYCUAUGGCAGUAUCUACCAAGGGGUGGGAGUGGGGGAUUCGUGAAGAUGCUUAAUGGAAGUUGCUUGGCCUUGAUUGGCUACUACAACAGAACAAGAAUAGCAGAGGGGACUCCAGGAUGGGAAACUAUGAAUCAGAGAUGGGCCAGGUAAAAGCAUGUGACUCACCUUAGACAGCUGACCCACCUGUAGGAUGCCUUCCUGCCUGUCCAGAGAAGGGCAAGGUCUUCUGGGCUCCUGCAGCUAUUGAAGGAGGGAUAGUCCAGGGGCAGGAGAAGGCCCUGGGCAGGGUGGGCCACCAGAAGGGCCACACUGACCCCUGACCACCAAAGAGAAAUCUUUAUAUAUCACUGUCCUCCUAUAGGCCCUCUGAGGAGAGAGAGAAAGGAGAGGCACCUCCAUCAAUCUCAGCUCCUCGGGGCUCUCACAACCUGUUGUGUUUCUUUAACUCAUUGGCUCAUUCAUUCUCUUUCCUGCAAUAGGAAAGGUCUCUUGCUGGGUCAUAGGGACAGAAACCAGCCCUCAAGGAGCACCUAGCAUGUAUUGAGGUAGAACUGGAAGGACCAAUUAAUUACUAACAAGACCUGAGGAACAGCCUGAGGAGGUGCCUGAGAGGGGCAGAGCUCCAGUCAUGUGGUGACAUUAGAAGAACCUGGAGCAUUGGGUAGGAUGGGUGCAGUGUGUGUGGGUUCUGGAAAGAAUUUCUAGACAGAAAGUACAGCAUGAAUAAAGGCAGGGAAGCCUGGGAGGGCCCUCAAACAUCUCACAUCUCUUUCCAGAAUGGGAGCUCCUCAGGGUUGGGCCAGCCAGAACUGGGCACAGUGGAGCCAAUGAGUGGUGAGAGGGACCAGUGACAAAGUCUGGUGGAACAGUCCCUWCAGAGCUCAGGGUGAGGGUCCAGGGCAGUAGAGAUCAGGAGAGGCAAAGGGGAGGCCUGAGGGAGAGGGCUGGGGACAUAACUAUCUUCCUAAARUAGGGACUGGAGGCUAGGAAGAUGGUCUCACAGUUGAUGAGUCAGCCUGUGGAGGGAGAGGGUGGGAAAGGUCAGUCUGGACCAGGGCCACAGUGAUGGAGUCGCCAGCUGGCCUGGAGGGUGGAGGCCAGGAUGUCUUAAAGCAGGUGGAAGGGGCAGCUCCCUCCGUUCACUGGGAGACAGGGAAGUCUCCACCCCUCCUCUCAGUGUCAGAGAUUCCACCAUUAGUUUCCAGCAGGAAAUUUGGUGCAGGGCAAUGGGCUGUUGACCAGGAAGGGAUGCUGAGGGCCCUGACCCCGCCUCUGAGGGGAGACAAGGCGGUCAGCACUGGAGCAGGAGCAGAGCAGCAGCAUGGGAAGGACCAGGGUGAUGGAGGUGGGCCUGGACCUCUGGAAUGACACCGUCAAUGGCACCUGGGAUGGGGAUGAGCUGGGCUACAGGUGCCGCUUCAACGAGGACUUCAAAUACGUGCUGCUGCCUGUGUCCUACGGCGUAGUGUGCGUGCUCGGGCUGUGUCUGAACGUCGUGGCGCUCUACAUCUUCUUGUGCCGCCUCAAGACCUGGAACGCCUCCACCACGUACAUGUUCCACCUGGCUGUGUCCGACGCUCUGUACGCGGCUUCCCUGCCGCUGCUGGUUUAUUACUACGCCCGCGGCGAUCACUGGCCCUUCAGCACCGUGCUCUGCAAGCUGGUGCGCUUUCUCUUCUACACCAACCUCUACUGCAGCAUCCUCUUCCUCACCUGCAUCAGCAUUCACCGGUGCUUGGGGGUCCUGCGCCCUCUACGCUCCCUGCGCUGGGGCCGGGCCCGCUACGCCCGCCGGGUGGCAGCGCUGGUGUGGGUGUUGGUGCUGGCCUGCCAGGCACCCGUGCUCUACUUUGUCACCACCAGCGCACGUGGGAGCCGCAUCACCUGCCAUGACACCUCGGCCCCUGAGCUCUUUAGCCACUUUGUGGCCUACAGCUCGGUCAUGCUAGGUCUGCUCUUCGCCGUGCCCUUUGCCACCAUCCUGGUCUGUUACGUGCUCAUGGCACGGCGGCUGCUUCAGCCAGCUUAUGGGAGCACAGGAGGCCUGCCGCGGGCCAAGCGCAAGUCGGUGCGCACCAUUGCCCUGGUGCUGGCUGUCUUCGCCCUCUGCUUCCUGCCUUUCCACGUCACCCGCACCCUCUACUACUCCUUCCGCUCGCUUGACCUCAGCUGCCACACCCUCAAUGCCAUCAACAUGGCAUAUAAGAUUACCCGGCCGCUGGCCAGCGCCAACAGUUGCCUUGACCCUGUGCUCUACUUCUUGGCCGGGCAGAGGCUGGUCCGCUUUGCCCGAGAUGCGAAGCCACCCACAGACCCCAACCCUACCACUCGGGCUCGGCGCCGGCUGGGCCUGCACAGGUCUGGCAGAACUGAUGCCAAGAGGACAGAUUUGUCAGCCAGCAGUGAGGACUCCAGGCGGACAGAGUCCACACCGGCUGGGAAUGAGCACACUAAGGACAUCCGGCUCUAGGACCUGACCCCUCAGGCCUGUGCAAGUUUAUAUGGGGGGAGCUGUAAGGGACCAGGGCUUGUUCAAAUGGGACAGUGUACCCAGAAAUUGACCAUCUGUGACUGUCACUUGGCAGGGCCUCGGGAUACUUUCCUUACGGUCCAGACAGUCAGCUGCCAUCAUUUGUAAGUGUGAGUUGGGUAAUAAGAUUUCAAAACAGACACAUGUUUAGGGCCAAUGCCACCUGACUCCCAUGCAGAUAGCUGGCUGAUCCUGUCAAGGUAUCUAGACUGGAAUCCAGCCUGAUCAAGUCAAAUGGAGAAGGCCCUGAGAGGAAGGGGAUGUACCAGGGUCAAAUAGCAGUCUAGACCUGAGCUAGCUACAGUGGARCAGAGUCACAAGUUAAUCAGAGGGCCCUGGUGAGUAGUCAGGGUCCAGCUCCCACAGCAGUCUGGGGUGGGUCUGGGUCUUAGUGGACUCAGCUUAGAGGAGUACUCCUAGCCCGAGAGAUGAACAUCUGGGAACUGAUGUGAUAAACCCAUCUGGAGGCUCCCAGCCUACAGCCUACACUUAGAGGCUGUAACUGAAACUAAAGAUUAUGCUGCUUGUUGAGCUGUGCUCUGUUGUUUGGUCAGAGGAUGGGGAUGCAGCCUGGGAGGGUUUYAACACCCCUUAAAAGCCUUUCUCCAGCCUGUU